UUCUGAUGUUUACAAGCGCGGAAGAAUGUUCAUUAUUUACAAGUUUUUUUAGAAAAUAGUUGUGUUUAAAGUUAUAGUCCUAGUACUUUUUCAUUUUAUAAUUUUAAAAUGUAGGAUUCCUAUCGAAAUAUGGUUCGGGAAAUUGUAGCAAUAAUUAUACUUUUUGCUGUAUUAGGCGUUUCCAGCAACAUUGAAGUAAAAACGUCUGAUACUCCCAGUUUGCCUUUUUGUUCAAAUAUUUCUGGCAUAGUUUUAGUCAGUACCCUGGAUGGAAAGUUGUCUGCUAUAAACGCUACUGGUCAUUUAUUUUGGGAAAUCGAGACUGGUCCUGGUCCUUUAUUAACUUCUAAUAUCCACAAUUUGGAGUUAACUAAUAACGGAGAAUGGGUGAGGAUAAUUCCAUCCCUAACGGGGAUGCUUUAUCGUUUUGAUGGUGUAACUAUCGAUCCCAUACCAGUCACAGCUGAAAAUUUACUAAAAUCUUCAUUUAAAUACUCCGAUAAUGUGGUGGUUGCAGGGGGUAUCGAAGUAAGAACUUACGGGGUAGGAUUCAGAACUGGUACCUUAUUCUACGAGUGCACUCAAAAAAGUUGUACUAAUAAAGAUAGGCAAGAUGUUGACGAUGUGCUAGUUAUAGAACGAAGUAGCCAAAUAGUGAGGGCAGUAGAACCCAUAACUGGAUUAGAAAGGUGGAACUUUAGUGUUGGUCUUCAUAAUAUAAAACUUCCACAGAUCUCGUGCAUAAAUACCAAACCACUAACAUGGAAUGUUAGUGCCGUUGUCCCAAAAGGUCUUUUAUUCGUAUCUACAUUUGCAACUCAAAAAACUAACUCGUGGCAGAUACAACUUAAUGCACCAAUUGUACGCGUGUGGGUAUGGAAUGGAGUUACAUUAUCCGAAGUAGAUUUGUUUGUACCAAAAAACAUUCCCACUUUAAUGACUGGGUCUGCGGGAAAUUUACCAUCCUUGUACAUUGGAAUGCAUAAUAGACAGCUAUAUAUUCAUGAGUCAUCGGCCAUGCAGAAUAUUCUUCAACGACAACAGCAUUCAGACUUAAUGGUGGCCGAGACUUCAAGUCUAGCUAAAAUACCUUGGAAACCAAUUUCCGCGUCUGCAGAAAAGACGGAAGAAGAUUCUACUGCUUUAUCAGUAUUAAACAAUUCCGAAUAUGUAAAUGGAAAUGGCUAUUAUCUCCAGCCAGAUACUGACAAUGGGUCCUUUUAUUGCAAGAAGGAUGGGGUAGAAGAAUUGUUUGUUGAUACUGAAACAUAUGAUUCAGAUUAUCCCAUCCUCUAUUCAUACGCGCAUUACUAUAGGGAUAUUUUUCUCUUGCUCAUCACAGCCAUACUUAGUUCAUUCCUGCUAAGAGUUUUGCAUAGAAACCAAUCAACUAAGGGCGAAAUUAUUAUAAUUGAAAAACCAGUGGAAGCAAAUAUAACACGAGUAGAUGAGAAGGAGUUGAAAAAAGAGACUUUCCGGUCUCGAUAUGCUGACGAUUUUGAAACCAUUCGUUGUUUAGGUCAAGGGGGUUUUGGUGUUGUUUUUGAAGUUAAACAGAAUAUUGAUGAGUGUCAUUACGCGAUUAAAAGAAUCACCUUGCCAAAUGAGUCAAACUCCCGUGAUAGAGUUAUGAGGGAAGUAAAAGCUCUUGCCAAACUGGAGCAUAAAAACAUAGUACGGUACUUUUGUUCAUGGGUCGAACAUCCCCCUGUUGGAUGGCAAGAAGAACAUGAUAAACUAUGGCUUAAACCUGAAACGGAUGGCUUAACUGAAGACAGUAUGUCCCGAGUAAACCGACCCAAAUCUUAUUCAAUCAGUAUAGACAUUCACUUAAGUCAGGCGUUUACUGGCGAUGAUAGUAGUGAAAACCCGGCAAAGUUACCUGGGUGCGAUGAUGAGGAUGACGAUUCGUUUAUAAUUUUUGCGAAUAGUGAAGAUGAAGUUUCAAACAAGCAGCAGUCACUAUCUGAACACGCAAAGAAAAAAAUUAACUGGAAAAGACCAGGCAGAAAGCAUCUGUCUUGGGAUUCAUCGCAGAAUGGUAGAGAUCUUAUCCUGAAUCAUGAACCUCGAAUGUACUUAUACAUCCAAAUGCAGCUUUGUCAAAAAGAGAGCCUUAAGGAGUGGCUUAGUUUACAUCGAGAGAGGAAUUAUGAAGAAGUCUCCGCAAUUUUCUUGCAAAUCUUGGAUGCGGUCCAGUAUGUACACUCGAGCGGUUUGAUUCAUAGAGACUUGAAACCCAGUAAUAUAUUUUUCUCAUUGGAAGGCCAAAUAAAAGUUGGAGAUUUUGGCUUAGUCAAAGACAUGGAAAGUUCAUUUGAUUUGGAGCACAACAGAAAUUGUUUGCCAUAUUACAAAGGUCAUACCAAAGAAGUCGGUACACAGCUUUAUAUGUGUCCCGAACAGUUUCGCACAAGAACCUACGAUUUUAAAGUGGAUAUAUAUGCUUUGGGGGUGAUUUUAUUCGAGCUGCUUGUUCCAUUUGCUACAGAAAUGGAAAGAAUUAAAACGUUGACGAAUAUUAAAAAUCAAAAAUAUCCACUUGGGUUUCGGGAAAAAUAUCCCAAUGAGUUUGUGUUGCUGCAAAAUAUGCUCGAUGUGGAUCCGAAAAAAAGGUUGACCACCAUGGAAAUUAAAACCAAGAAGCCAUUUAAUCAGAUUACUUCGCAUUUACCUACGAAAAUAUUGUGAUAUUGAAUAUAUGUUAGAUCGACUGAUUAUAGGUUGUUAUUUAAUAAACAACUCGAUUGCUUUACU